CCUUGUUUGCAAUGGUGGGUAGAACAUGAAGUCACCAAACAACCAAAGCCCAUCUAUAAAACCACCCACUCCCAAACACUCACAUUCACAAACACAACUAAUUCCAAAAUCCAAAGCUCAGUUUCUUUCCUAAUUCAUGCCAAUGGAGAAACUUUACAAAAACCCCAUUAAAGCUCAAGUAAUGAAAAUGGUGAUUUUGGGGGUUAUUGUGGCGGCGGCAUUAAUGGAUGAAGUUGAAGGAAGAAAAGGAAAGGUUAAAAAAGGGAAAAAGGCGAAGAUUUUGGAAGGAAAUGGGAUUGAAUAUGGGGCCAUAAGUUGUAGAGCUCACACUGCUUCAAUAACGGAGUUCGGCGGCGUUGGCGACGGAGUAACGUCGAAUACGAAGGCGUUUCAGGCGGCGGUGGAACAGCUCAGCCAAUACACCGACGACGGCGGCGCUCAGCUGUAUGUGCCGGCGGGGAAGUGGCUCACUGGAAGCUUCAACCUCACAAGUCAUUUCACUCUGUUUUUACAUCAAGAUGCUGUUCUUCUUGCUUCUCAGGAUCCGAAUGAAUGGCCCGUGGUCGAACCGUUGCCAUCCUACGGUCAUGGAAGGGACACGUCAGGAGGAAGGUACAUCAGUUUAAUCUUUGGAACAAACCUCACGGAUGUUGUCAUCACAGGUAACAAUGGCACCAUUGACGGUCAAGGUGAUCGCUGGUGGCAGCUUUUUCAUCAGGGCAAGCUUAAGUACACUCGACCAUACUUAAUCGAGCUUAUGUAUUCCAGUGAUAUUCAAAUAUCGAGCCUGACCCUGCUGAAUUCUCCAGCUUGGAAUGUUCAUCCUGUAUACAGCAGCAAUAUUCUUAUUCAAGGCAUCACCAUUAUCGCUCCAGUUCGAUCCCCGAAUACAGAUGGUAUCAACCCAGAUUCCUGCACAAACGUUAGAAUUGAAGAUUGUUACAUAGUAUCUGGAGAUGAUUGUGUAGCUGUCAAGAGUGGUUGGGAUGAGUAUGGCAUAAGUUUUGGAUUGCCGACUAAGCAACUGGUCGUCAGACGGCUCACAUGCAUUUCCCCAACAAGUGCUGUCAUUGCUCUGGGGAGUGAGAUGUCGGGCGGGAUCGAAGAUGUCCGAGCUGAAGACAUCGUAGCUAUCGAUUCUGAAUCUGGGGUCAGGAUAAAAACUGGCAUAGGAAGGGGAGGAUAUGUAAAAGACAUAUAUGUUAGGAGGAUGACAAUGCAUACCAUGAAAUGGGCAUUCUGGAUGACAGGCGAUUACGGGUCACAUGCCGAUAAGAAUUAUGACCCACAUGCAUUGCCUGUAAUUCAGGGAAUCAACUACAAGGAUAUGGUAGUUGAAAACGCAACAAUGGCAGCUAGAUUGGAGGGAAUUUCAGGUGACACAUUCACAGAUAUAUGCAUUUCCAAUGUGACAAUCGGCUUGGCACCAAAGGCCAAGAAACAGCCAUGGACUUGCACCGAUAUUGAGGGAAUAACGAGCCAGGUUACUCCUCCACCGUGUGAUCUGUUACCCGAUCAGGGAGAAGAGAAAAUUACAACAUGCAAAUUUCCAGAGGAUAAUUUACCCAUCGAUUCAGUCCAGUUGAAAAAAUGUUCUUACCAAUUCAGUCAUGCAUGAAGCUUACUUGUUGUGAAUCAGCAAGCGCUAUAUCCAGUCAGUAUAUUGUUACUGUUAGUCUAUUAGUAUUAAAUCGUUAUCUAAAAAUGUUCGGUAUGAAGUGAAUUUUCCUUUCCAGCACAGUUCUGAUUAAUAUAGAAUGUACACACCCGUUGAGUGCAAUCAUUAUAAUUCAACUUAAAAUCAAUUUAA